CGCAAAUGCUAUUACAUAUAUUGAUUAUAAAACGUUCGGUUCGACUCUAGCAUUGCUGUAGUCGCAUAAGUAUCAUUUACGAUACGUUACAAAAAGGAAGCGUUUGUACUACCUAUUAACAAAGAGGUAUGCGAGGGCGGCAGUGAAGUUACUCGUCGCAUCAAUGUAGAAGACUCACUCUGUUAAUAUGAUAAAGAACGAUCUAAUCUAAUCACAGAAGAUGCUUUAUUCGUUUUUAAGCAUCGUUCAAAUGUAAUGCAAAUACUAUUUGUUUUUUCUUCUAACUUAUCGGUAAAAGACAUUUUCAAAAACAUUUCUUUUAUCAUAUUUAUUCGUAUGUUUUUACAAACGAUUAUCAUUUACUUAUUUCAUUUAUAUAAAAUAUCCGAAACAAUGAUACAAUCAUGACAAACGAAUGAAUUAACGUGUAAGGAAAUAAUAUCAUACAUAGAUAUGUAGAAAAAUCAGAAAAUAGAUGCGAUUAAUAAAUAAAACAUUUUCUAAUUCUUUGAAACCUUCGUUCAUUCGGCGAAUUUGUGUAUUUGACUUUAAAUGGAAUUUCUUUAUUAAGAUGUGUUCAGUGUGAACUGACCCUAAAUUUUUGCAAUAGUGUGCAGACUCCUUAAUGCGACACAGACGCGCGCGCGCGCGCGCAUACAUACCACACGUACAGAAGCAUAUACAGAGGGUUCCCGAAAGGGGCCGGGGGGGAGAGAGAGGAAGAGAGAGAGAGAGAGAAUAAAUUAACGCAUAGAGGGGGAAGUAGGAUAGCGUAUAAGAGAAAUAAAGUAAGGAAGAGCACAAGGAGAAACGAGAAUGGAUAAAGAGAUAAAGAGGAGGAGAAGUAGAAGAAGGAGAAAACGACGACGAGUAUGGAUGGGCAGGGGUAGGUUUCUUUGCAGGCAGUACUAGCGACAGACAGGUAUGGCAAAGCGAAGAUGAUUCCAAUGUAUUGCCUUAUUCGCGCUUACGUGUGUACAGACCUUAAACGUCCUGUAAAAGAGACUGGAAAUCAAUAUUUCAUCAAUUUACAUAUAUACUUCCAUGGAACAUCUUCGAGAAACUUAUUGCACGUUGAAAAUGUUGAAUUAAUGGAGGGAAAAGAAAGGAACCGAAGGUGAUGAUAAUAAAGGAAGAAAGAAAAAAGGAAUAGAAAAAGUGAGAAAGAUAGAAAGUGUGCACGCCUGUGUGUGUAAGAGACGAGAGAGAGAGAGAGAGAGAGAGAGAGAGAGAGAGAGAGAGAGAGAGAAGGGGGACAAUACGGGAGUGACAUGUAUCUUGCAACGGCGUUUCUUUUCAUAUCAUUCCUAGCGAGUCAUUCAAGAUUCGCCGGUGGAAAUACAAAUGCCAAAAUAAAUGCAGUAAAGAUUGCAAAGUGUUGCGAACUCAGUGAACUUCUUUUGGACGACACGUGCACACCAUUAUCAGUGACAAACGAAACGAAACCAUGGCAACCAGAAUAUACAGAAGACAAGGACUCAGAUUUUUCGUUACGAAAUCAAGUCACUCCAGAUUAUCGUUUUGGAUUACCUAAAUGUCAUAGUAAUGAACAUCAAUGGCAUGUAUAUUAUUAUCCUUCCGGACCAGAUAGAUUGGCUAUUGUAUUGCCCUUUGGCAAACUUAGACAUUAUAUCGAUGAUCUCAAGAAAGAAUCAAUCAGAAAUGGAGAAGAGGUCAUAGAACCGUUCAGAUUUGAUGACGGAGAAGAAGAGACCAAAUCCAUUCACUAUGAUUAUUCUUUUGGGAAAUAUUGUGCCGACAAAGCUGUCUUAAGUAGAGAUCAUUUGGUUGCUACCUAUGCUAUGAUAUGUGUGCCUGAGGUACCUGUUCAAUGGACAGAUGCCAAUUACUUGAUGAAACAUGCUAUUGAUCCUGCCUUUCGUGCCAUAUCCAUAGCAGCAUAUCUUGUUGUCGCAGUAAUUUAUUUUGUUCUACCGCAAUUGCGAGAUCUUGUAGGUAAUAUGAUAACUAGUAUGACAUUGUGCCUUAUAACAAAUCAAUGUGCUUCGACAGUAAGAAUAUUCACUGAACUUGGUAGUCAUGUUAGUUUUAUGAUAGCUGAUACAGUCGCAUAUGUGUCUUUAUUAGCAGCUUUCUUUUGGCUCAAUGCUUUGGGCUAUUACGUUUGGAAUACAUUUAGAUCUCGCAAUGUAUUUUUGCGUAUAACUGAUGGAAGAAAAUAUUGUUACUAUUCCACAUAUGUUUGGAUAUCAACUAUUGCUAUUGCUGGGACUGCGAUUUUUGCACAUUUUGCAUUAGAAACUGACAAACCAUCUAUAGGUGGUACAGUAUAUCCCGCUCAAGAAACUGUUGGUUGGCUAGCUCUUUCAGUAUUAUUUAUGUCUAUUAUUCUUACAAUAAUAGUUGAUUUUUCCUUUGUUUUAACAACAGCAAACAGAAUUAAAAGAAUGAGUACAUAUGGCAGAAUUCAUCAUAAAAUGAAAUACAGUUUCAGAAUGUUUGUUUUUCUAUUCGCAAUAAUGAGCAUUAGUUGGAUAUCUUUAUUACUGUCAGGAUUAAAAUAUGAAGCUUUAGCAUAUUGCCACAUUGUUGUUAAUUUGUUACAAGCAAUUUUUGUACUUUAUAUAUGUGUAUUUGGUCAAAAAAGAGUCACAUUUUUACUUGGGAAAACAUGCAAUUGUUGUAAUAAUGGAGAAAAUAUUGAAGGCCUUGAUUGGGGAGAAGAGAUGACAGCAAUAAAUGCAGGUUAUUAAAGUGCACUUAUGUUAUAUCUUAUAAAUAACUCUGACUGAAUGUCUAAAUAAGACAUAUCUAAUAUUUAAUAUCAAUUAAACUUAAAUAGUAUUAUGAUAUUUGAUAUCUUGUAAAUUAUA